ACUGAUUACCAGCUAACAAUACAUGCAUGCUCUGCUGUGUGUGGUGUGUGUGUGCAUGUGCCCAAUAUUAAGUACGUGCGAGAAUUUGCGCAAUACACUAAACAACACAAUAUUGAACUUGUUUGUCAGAUUUUCAACAGAAAAACAACAAACCAGAUCGUCAAAAGUAGUUCAUACAUAGACUUGUAAAGAUGCCCAAGAAUAAAGGAAAGGGAGGUAAAAACAGAAGGAGAGGAAAGAACGAAAAUGAAUCUGAAAAGCGUGAGCUGGUUUUCAAGGAAGAUGGACAAGAAUAUGCACAAGUAUUGAAGAUGUUGGGGAAUGGCCGAUUGAAGGCUCAUUGUUUGGAUGGACCAGAACGAUUGUGCCACAUUAGGGGAAAGCUGCGGAAAAAGGUAUGGAUCAAUACUGGUGACAUCAUACUGGUAGGUCUACGAGAUUACCAAGACGACAAAGCUGACGUCAUUCUCAAAUAUAGUACAGAUGAAGCCAGAUAUCUGAAGGACUAUGGGGAGUUACCCGAGUCAUGUAAGAUCAAUGACACCGCGACGUUUGGACCUAAUGAUGAUGACGAUGAUAUCCACUUUGGGGACAUUGAAAAGGUUUGAAAAUCGAUGUCAUUUGGAAGCCAGAGCGGUGCUGUAAAGAUUUGUAAAAUAUGAAGUUUUCUAAAACAAGAGAGAGUAUGUGAGUGAACACAUAAAGUGACUUAACCCAAUGUCACUCAAUGUCCCCCCCCCCUCCCUCCCCUGAUUAUUAUUAGCCAAUAUCAAUUUAUUUUUCCAAAGAGAUUUGUAAAUAUUCAGCAAGUCUUGCUUGGUUUCUAUCCGAGGAAACCAAUGCAGUGCUGAGGUUUUAAUGCUUGUAUCCCCAGCAUGGACUUCUAAUUGUCCUAAUUCACCCGAUGUCAUAGUCUAAGCUGCGCCAUAAUGGGAGUCAAUGUCACUGUGUGAAUACAGUGUAGUGCAACAGUUACUAUAAUUUGUACUCCCAAAAUGGCCUGCCUGGCAGACAGUAUUUGUGUUUGUGGUUGGUGUAGAGGGUUAAUAUACAUAUAAGAUGUUUUGUUAAAGGGUCAUAUAUUGUUAACUGCUCACAGAGUCAACUACCAAAAAACUUACUUGAUGAGAAGCACUGCAGCUGUAGAUAACUCUUGAUGAGAAGCACUGCAGCUGUAGAUAACU